AUGUCCGGCUACAACGGCCGUCGCGGGCCAAACGUCUCCGCGUACGUCGCCAACCUCAACACCAUCGUCCCCGACGAGGUCCACGAGCCGAAUCCGGAUUUUUCCAUGUUCUUGGACACCGAUCUCUUCGAUCAGUACGACACCGGCAACCUUGGCUUGAAUCCAUCGCUCGACGUAGAUUUGAACAACAUCGAGACACCAGCACCGGCCACGCAAGCGAGUCGCACAGUGCCCCCGCUUACCGCGACCGACGCCAAAAUGCCUUUCGACCUCAAUGACGACUUCCAGUUUGCCGACUUCUCCAAUUUCUCGCAGCCUCUUUCCAUCGAUCCUUCUCUCUCGAAUCCGCUCCCCGCGUCACGUACUUACUCUGUAGGCAAUGCUUACACGUCCCCCACCUCAACAGCCGUAUCACCUAUCGUCCCUGGUUUCGAUGCCGCCGCUGGUAAGAAGCGUAAGCACGAAAGUGCUGCGGAUACGCCGAGCCAACCCCCUACAGAUGAGAACGCCCGUCACGCCGCCGAGGAGGACAAGCGGCGCCGUAACACAGCCGCGAGCGCCCGCUUCCGCAUCAAGAAGAAGCAGCGCGAGCAGGCGCUCGAGCAGACAGCCAAGGACAUGACGGAUCGUGUCAGUGUGCUCGAGACGCGCAUCCAGCAGCUCGAGACGGAGAACACUUGGCUCAAGAGCCUCAUCACCGAGAAGAACGGCGGCAAGGCGUCGCCCUCCGAGAUCCAGGCCCGCCUCUCCAAGCGCGAGGAGAGUGAGCGAAGUAACGGCAACAGGACCGAUGGCGUCGGCACGAAGGCCUCCAAGGCUUAA